GAAGCUAAUUGUUGCUAAUUGUUGGAAGAGUUAGCCAAACCGCCACUUAAUGACAUCAUAAUGGAUGCUGGAUUAGAAGAAAACAUGGCUAAGGCUGAGGCAUUUUUCAAAAAUGAAGAUGAGUUGGAAAUAUCUUAUCCCAACACUGUACAAACAGCCAAAGAAAAGAAAAGAAUGAAAGAAAACAUCAUGAGAGAACAUCCAGAAGCACUGAUCUCCGAUUACAUGGGACUUGAUGACAACAAGGUCCUGUGUAACCUCCUGUUCUUCACAAAUCACCCCACAGUAUGGCAUACCACCCUCUGCACUGUCUGGAAAUGUGUGAGAAAAGGAGGCAUCAGCAGAGGAAGACAGAUUACACUAGAGGGGGCAAAGGACUUUAAGGUGACAGUUAACCUGUAUCAUAAUGGGACUGUAAUGGUACAAGGAACUGAAGCAAGUCUCGUUCAAUUUCAGAGCAAAUUUAAAGAACUCAAAGAAAAAGCUCUAAAUAUCAAAAAAGACCAGGUGGUGGAGACUAUUACUAUUACAUCAGGAGCUGAGACUAACUCAAAUAGCCAACAUGUACAUAACCCCAUUACAUGUCCUCCCAGUAAUACAGGCCCCAAGACACCCUCCUCUGACACCACAAAAAUGAGAGAUAUGAUAGUUCAACUUGAACAGGACUACAUCAUGUUCAAAGAGGAAACCACUCUCAGCUUACAACAACUUCAAGACCAAAUCAUCCACCCUGACAGGAACAUGGUGCAACAACUUUGCUCGGCAGUAAGGCAGCUGGAGGAGGCCAACCAAGAGUUGCGGCAGGAGGUGAGGUCUCUGAAGGAAGAGCUGUUGAGGAUGGCACGGCACAGAGAGAAUCCAAGGGAUCAUACCCUGGAAAGCAGGAACAGUGAGCCAUCAGUCAAAAAUCCCAUCUUGUCUGAAAGUGCCACAAUCCCUGUCAAUAUGCCUGUAGCUCCAGCUUCACCUCAUGACCAACCUCCCAAACCCCAGCAACGCAUCUGCCAAAGCAGACCACCCUCCUCUUCAGCAAACAUCAGUCAGGGACAACAAGGGACAAAGUCUCAAAGCAAGGAACAGGAUGAAUCAUCAUCCUGUGCGACUCUAAUGGGAAUCAUCUGAAUCCCAGACGACUUUUCCCUAGAAGACAAGUCAAGAAGUUUUGGUGUCCAACGACACACACAGCUAAGGACAUAAUACAAAAAGUCUUACUCAAUAAUCCAUCUCACAUAAUUAUCCAUACAGGGACUAAUGACCUUAAAGACAGGAGAACUGAUGUGGCAGAAGCCUUAAUCAGCACCAUCCAAAUUGCCACACAAAAACAUCCAGAUGCAAAGGUAAUCAUCUCAUCUAUACUUCCACAACGGGAUAUUCCUGUAAGUGUCACUGAAAGAAUCAACGGCAAAGUUGUGUCCUUCUGUGCUGAUAUACCCAACGUAAAGGUUGCACACCAUACAGACAUUACCAUUAGACAUUUAUAUGACAAUGUCCACAUACAUAAGGAGGGCAUGAAAAUAUUUGCUAAAAAACUCAAAGACACAGCAUUAAAUAGAGUGAGAAUAACAUGCUCUGAAAGCAGCAGGCCAAACAUCAUCAAAGACAGCCAAAAACCAGUUGAGACGCAUAGGCCUACCUAUGCAGCAGCCGUCUCUAACAAAGGUACUUGUAGAGAUCUCACUCAGAUAACAACAAUGCUUCAACUUAUAUAUGAUAGUCUCUUGCAUUAGUG